CCGGCCGCCAUCCCGCGUGGGAGCCAUGGAGGGAGUGAGUGCGUUGCUGGCCGGCUGCCCCACUGCCGGCCUGGCCGGCGGUCUGGGGGUCACGGCGUGCGCCGCAGCCGGCCUGCUGCUCUACCGGAUCGCGCGGAGGAAGCCAACCCACACCAUUGUCAACUGCUGGUUCUGCAACCAGGACACAGUGGUGCCCUAUGGGAACCGCAACUGCUGGGACUGCCCCCACUGUGAGCAGUACAACGGCUUCCAGGAGAACGGUGACUACAAUAAGCCGAUCCCCGCCCAGUACCUGGAGCACCUGAACCACGUGGUGAGCAGCACGCCCAGCCCCCGUGACCCCGCGCAGCCCCAGCAGUGGGUGAGCAGCCAGGUCCUGCUGUGCAAGCGGUGCAGCCACCACCAGACCACCAAGAUCAAGCAGCUGGCCGCCUUCGCCCCUCGCGAGGAGAGCAGGUACGACGAGGAGAUUGAGGUAUAUCGGCACCACCUGGAGCAGAUGUACAAGCUGUGCCGGCCCUGCCAGGCGGCCGUUGAGUACUACAUCAAGCACCAGAACCGCCAGCUGCGCGCCCUGCUGCUCAGCCAGCAGUUCAGGCGCCGGGAGGCUGACCAGUCCUGCGUACAGAGCUUCUGUUCCUCGGCUCUGAAGGCCCCAGUGCAGGUCAUUGUGCUCCGAACCCUCGCCUUCCUGGCCUGUGCCUUCCUGCUGACCACCGCACUCUACAGCACAGGUGACCCCUUCACCCCGGGGGCCGCCCUGCCCCCUGCCCUGCCACCUGGUGGCAAUGGCUCAGCUGCUCCUGACAACGGCACUGCCCCAGUGGGUGAGGGCUGGCAGCAGCUGCUGGGUCUGCUACCAGAACCUGCGGUGGAGAAGUUGCGGGAGGCCUGGGCCUUUGGGCAAAGCCACCAGACAGGCAUCGCGGUGCUUGGCCUGCUCACCUGCCUGCUGGCCAUGCUGCUGGCUGGGCACCUCAGGCUCCGGAGAAUUGAUGCUUUUGCCUCCUGCCUGUGGGCCCUGCUGCUGGGGCUGCACCUGGCCGACCAGUACCUGCAGGCCACCUCACCCAGCUGGCUGGACACAGUCAAGUUCAGCACCACGUCCCUGUGCUGCCUGGUGGGCUUCACGGCAGCCGUGGCCACGAGGAAGGCGACAGGCCCGCGGAGGGUCCGGCCCCGAAGGUACUUCCCAGGAGACCCUACUGGCCUCUUCCCCACAGUUCCCAGCCUGACCAUCCCCUGCCCGGGGGUCGGAGGUGCCUCACCGGCUCUGCUCAUCCCCACCCCACCUGGUUUCCUGCCCCUCACCAGCCAGCAGCUGUUUCGGUCACCCCGACGGGCCUCACCCUCCUCCCUGCCAGGCCGCCUCCACCGGGCCCUCUCGCUGGGAACCAUGCCCUCUCUGACCCGAGCAGACUCAGGGUAUCUGUUCAGUGGAAGCCGCCCACCUUCUCAGGUGACUCGGUCAGGGGAGGUUCCUGUUCCAGACUACUUCUCUCUGCUGUCCGGGAGCUGCCUCUCCUCCUCACUGCCCUCCCCCGCGCCCUCUGUGGCCGGCUCCUUGGCCUCCAGCUCCAGCUCCCUGCGCCACCGCAGACCCCUCAUCAGCCCUGCCCGGCUCAACCUGAAGGGCCAGAAGCUGCUGCUGUUCCCGUCACCCCCCGGAGAGGCCCUCAACACGCCAAGCAGCUCGGAUGAACCCUCUCCCCAUGAUGGCAGCCUCUUCACCAUUGAGCCAUCCCAGGCCACCCUGAAGCCACCCCCGAGGGACACCAAGCACACUGUGGACAUGGGAGCAAUACCAGAAAGAGGCCGUGCCUAUAGCAGCCGCUCCAUCAAGAAGGAAGACGACUCAUCCCAGUCAUCCACCUGUGUGGUGGACACCACCACCAGAGCAGGCUCGGAGGAGACUGCUGCCUGGAGAGGUCGUUUCAACCCCUCCCUGGUCCGAGGCCUCCUGGCUGUGAGCUUGGCUGCCAAUGCCCUCUUUACCUCAGCCUACCUGUACCAGAGCCUGCGCUGACCCACAGCCCGGCCACCUCCACCACUGCCGCUGGCCACCGGGGCCGGAGCGAUCGGCAGCCAAGCCUCAGAAGCCUCCUUGGAGCAGCCACCACUGCCUCUGCCUGCCCCUUGAAGGCCAUGACCUCGUGGUUGCAGAGAAGAGUGAAGGGAACAGCCAGUAGCUGCCUGCACAGUGGGACCCUCUCCUGCCCCAGGCUACCCCCUCCUCAGCCAGGUGGCUGCAGGCCUAAGUGGGUGUUCCUGAGCCACACACCUUGCUCACUGAUUCCAGGGCUAACAUCGGGGAUGUGUUUGGUGCUGACGCUCUGAUCCCUGGGCCUGGGACCCCCAAGGGACUGCCGGCCCUGGGACCCCUGCCCCCAUCAUCCAGCCUGGCCUGGCAGGAAGGCCAAUACUACUGCACCUGGAGAGGAGCUGGCAGGGGCCGCCGCCCUCCUCCAUCCAAGGCCGCGGUCACAUCCUGCUACUGUACUCCCGGAGCUGCCCUGGGGUACCUCAGAGCGCAUAGAGCUAAAGGCUAGGGGGUGGGGGGGUGGUCCUACUGUCACCACGUCCUCUCCCCAUGAACUUGCCCUUCGGCAGGCCCCUUGAGGAUGUUGUCCUCUCCCAUCCUGCCCUUUUCUGCCCCCUAGUUCUAUCCCUCACCUAGCUGGAGGCUCCUCAGAACUCCUGGGUCUCAGCCACCUAAGGGCCCUUCCAGGCCCUCAGGCCCAGUGUAAGCACCUGCCCAACCUCUCCUGUCCCUCUGUUUUGUUACCUCUGGUGACCCUCCCAGGAAGCAGCCCCAUUAGCCACGAGUGUACGGAGCCCAGGCCCCCCUCCCCGUUAUUCCCUUGCUAGACCCUUCAACCUACAUUGGGCAGCAGGUCAGGGCUUGGGCCCCUGCCCUCAGAGGAGACUGACCUCCCGCACAUCUGGCUCCUGUUGGCCACUGGGAGCCCAGGCCACCUGGCCUGGCUUCCUUUCCAACCCCUUGGCUCCUGCCACUGACCUGACUGAUACUACAGUAUCAGUACAUGCCCCCUCCCUCUCUUGUGUUGGGGAUGGUGUCCCAGGCUGUCCCCAGAGAGGAGGAUGGCAGGGCCUUGGUCUGGCGCUGGGACCCUCGAGAUGCUAUGAGGAGGGGGGAACCGUGUGCACCUGCAGGUGUCAGAGCCACCUUCCCCAUUGCCCAGGCCUUAGAUGAGGGUGCUAGGUGGUGCGUGUGUGCACGUGUGUGUGCCUGCGUGUGUGCAAGUGCACAUGUCUGUGGUGCAGAUGGCAUCGGGCGGGCCUCGGUGAAUCCCGAGGCUUGUGAGAGAGGGUCGCGGAGUGGAGGAAGGACCUUCACUCUCAUUCAGGGAUAAAGGUUAAUUUUAUUUUUGUACACAUUUUUGCAGGAAAGGCAUUCUGCUGAUGGGCAGACGCCCAGUUCUCCCUGCCAGGGAGGUUGCAUUUUCUUAAGCUGUGGGUGCUUUUUUAAUUGUUUUUUUAACGUGUGGGUAAGGAGAUUGCUCAGACUUCAGCCCCUACUCCCCAUUCCUGUCCCGAGAGCUGCUGGUGCUCUCUCCUGCCUUUUCACCCCCAGAGCGUGGGGAGGGGUUGUGUCCUGCCAGAGACAGUUCCACUCAGAGGUGGUGCCUCAACCCCGCUUUGUAUGGUGGGCACGUGUGUCGGGUUUUUAAGUUUUAUUUUUGCUUAACAAAGCCAAACACCAUUCCCAGUGACCCUCCUCUCUGGCUCUGGGACGAGCCCAGUGGCUCCUCCUGCCCAGGAUGCCCAUACCUGCACCUGGCACCCUGCAGGAGGGGAACAGGGGCUGGCGAGGGAGUGGGUUUUACUUAUGUUCUGUUUCAGACAAAAAACACACCUUAUUUUUCUUUACAAAAGCAAAAAAAAAAAAAAAAAAGGAAACCAAAAAAGAUACCAACCUUUGAACUAUACCUGAGUCCAUUUUGUCUUUGUUCUUGUUUCUUGUGUGGCUCUGGCCCUGGAGAAGGCCCCAGGUGGGGCGGGAGUGAGCCCAGCGGAGGGAAAGUGACUCCAUCCAUGUGUGUGUUUGUUCACUGUAGAGCUCAGGUGGACACUCAGGUGGACUUCGGGGCUCACUGUGGGGUGGCAGGCAGGUGGGCAAUGCAGGUGACUACCUGGAGGCGGCUGAGGGCGUGGCUAGAGAACCUCAGGGCCUGGGAUAGGAAUGGGGAACAGGAGCUUCCUGAACAGAGAGGAGAGAAGGGCACCCCAGAUUGAGCAGCCUGGCAGAUGAGCUCGGCUUGUACCCUCAGAAAAGUCCACCUCGCCCAGCCACCCUGACUGUCCUAGGCGGCAGGGAGAGGAUCAUCUGCAGGGAGAACCAGGGCAGGGGCCUUGUCUUCCUUGAGCCCACUGGGGCUGUCACCCUGCCGGCCACUAAGCAUCAGCACCUGCAAGUGCGGCGCUGGCCAGGAGGCCCGUGCAGGCCAGGAGGCCCGUGCAGGCCAGGAGGCCUGGCUCUGGGGAGUGCAGUCAGGUUGAGCUGACUUGGCCCUGCUGUGGUGCCUGUACUGGGGUGGUGAGCUGGGCGUGUAGGGCGCCAAGCAACAGAGGCACACUCAGGUUUGUACAGGUGCAAGUGGGCACCAGGAGGGAGGCUCUGGAAAUACGGCGCCUGGGCAGCGGCAGCCUCCUCAGCCAUGCACACCGAGCCUCCUACAGACACAAGCUGUGGCAUCAGGUGGGGUUGGGGUGACGGUGAGGCUGUGUGCCCGUGGGCCUCAACUUAGUUCUAAAAUAUUAGGGUGGCUAUCUGGGUUGAUGUGAUCCAGCCAGGAAACGGAGCAGCGGGAGCUUCCAGGAAGUGUUACGUAUGGCCACUCAGUGGGGCGGGAUGGUGAACUGGAGCCCCAGGCAGUCUGGAGGCAGGGUGGGCAGUGGUGCCCUUACCCAGAAGCCACCCCUCUGCAAUGGGAGCCAAAUGCAGGUGGAGCCACAAACACACCCCAUAGCUCCCAGACAUGAUGUCCCUGGAGGCCUAGGGUAGCUACUGUAUCUUAGUUAUCUAGUGCUGCUGUAACAGAAAUAUAAGUGGGUGGCUUUUACAAACUAUUUUAUUUUCUCACAGUUCAGGAGGCUGGAAGUCUGAAUUCAGGGCCUGGUUCUAGAGGAAGGCUUUCUCUGUGUCAGCUCUGGGGGAAGGUCCUUGUCUCUUUUCAGCUUCUAUUUCUUGGUUCCUUGGAGAUCUCCUGUGGUGUGCCAUCUAUCUUUUCCCAUCUGUGCUUGCUUCCACGGUUGAUUGCUUAAUCCACUCUUGUAUAUCUCAAAAGAGACUGACUUAAAUUAUACCCUAUGCUAAUACUGUCUCCUUAACAUAACAAAGACAACCCGGUCCCAAAUGGAUUAUAACCACAGGAAUACCAAAAAAGCAGACCCAUUGCCAUUCAGUUGAUUCAGACUCAGGCAACCUAGAGGACAAAGUAGAACCGCCCCACAGGGUUUCCAGGGAGCAGUGGUGAAUUGGAACUACCGACCCUUUGGUUAGCAGCAGCCGUAUCUCCUAACCACUAUGCCACCAGGGCUCAACCACAGGUAUAGGGGUUAGGAUUUACAUGACAUAUACUUGGGGGACAAUUAUAUUUGGGGGACAAUUCAAUCAAUAACACCCACAUCUUAGAUGCCAUCUCAGACAAUUCUGCGGGCACAGGCACUAAACAUCCCGUGUUAUGUGUGAAGAAACACAAGCCACACCCAUCCCUCGUGCCCCGCCCUGGACGCCCCUACCCCACCCUGCCCGCCCCUGCUCCCCAGCCCUGCCGUCAUCCCCCGCCCCGUCCCGCGGGGAGGCAGUCCAGUUGAGGGCAGCCAGAGGGGAACUCAUCACAGCUGCGGUGUUUUUGCGAGGAUAUCUUUUUUCCUUUCUUAGGUAUCUAUAUUUUCUUACUAAUGUUUUCUUCUGUGGCUUUCUUAGAAAAGGAAGACAUGGUUAUUGUAAAAAAAAAAUCUAGAAAUACAAGUGAGAGGAAAAAAAAAAGCCCAUAAUCCACAGCUAAAAUGUUGAUGUUUGUCUUGUGUCCUCUUUUUUCCCUGUGUAUACACGUACAUAUUUAUUUGUAUGAAAAUAGUAUAUAACAUUUUGUAGCUUUAUUUUUUCACCUGACAACAUCAUGAACACAUUUCCAGAUCAUUAAAUACGCUUUUUCAUCCCUUUGAAAGGCUUCCUUCCAGUAUGUGCGUGGAUGAUUCCUCUUUUACCUUCCCCUACUGCUGAGCCUCUAGAAGGCUAUUGUCAAUUGCUUUCAUCAUUGGUACAGAGACUCUGGUGGCAUAGUGGUUAAGAGCUAUGGCUGCCAACCAAAAGGUCAGCAGUUCAAAUCCACCAGGCAAUCCUUAGAAACUGUAUGAGGCAGUUCUACUGUGUCCUAUAGUGUCACUAUUAGUUGCAAUGGAUUUGGGUUUUUUUGGUACAGAGACCCUGGGUGGUACAAACGGUUAAGGAGCUAGCCAAGAACAAAGAAGGCAAGUGGCAGGUUGGGAGAGGGGGCGGCAGCAUGGACAGGAGGGGGCAGGGUGAUGGAAGGUGGGGAAAAGGGGUGUCUGGUGGACCUCUAGAAUCAUGACUGACUGGGUGGGGUGUCCCUUCCUGACCUAGGGAGACUAGAGGGGAGCAGGUGGGGCAGAGCACCUUGUACAUUCCGCUUUAAGCAUUUGCACGGGAGGUGGGUGGAGACAUCUAUGGGCGCCGGACUGCUGCGCCCACUGCCUGGAGCAUUCUUCCCUGGUGCUGCCCGCAGGCCCAUCUCAGCUGCAAGUUCACUCCUUUGAGGACCUUCUCCAGGGGUUCCCCAUUGUUCUCUGUAAACACCCUUGUGCUCACAACCAUUCAGUUACAGGUUGUUUGGCAUGACGACUUGCUCACCACCUCCCCCUUUAGAAUGGAGUUUCCACUAGAGCGGAGACCUGGGCACAUAGUUAACCAAACUAGCCAGUUAGAGUGAAGUUGAUUGAGACUCAUAACUGCUCCAUAGGGUUUUCAAGGCUGUGACCUUUUGGAAGCAGAUCUCCAGAUCUGACUUCUGAGGCACCUUUGGGUAGAUUUGAACUGCUAACUUUUCAGCUAGUAGUUGAACGCUUAGCCAUUUGCACAACCCAUGGACUCCUGGCACGUAGUUGAGGCCCAUGAAAUGUUGAAUGAAUGCAUGCAACGUGCAGGUAGACCCAGGUCUCAGCUCUGAGGAGAGGUUGGGGAGAGAUGCUUGUUUGGGGUCCCUGAAGACCAGAUGGGGGAAUGUGCUUCAAGCUGCAGCCUUUGGAGGCUUUGCCUGUGGAGCUGGUGGGAACAACCCGGGCAGAGCUGAAGAGAGAAUCGAGGUUUGAGCCCAGGGGAAGCACUGUGGAAAGGGCCGGAGGUGACCUGGGGGCUUAGUUGAUUUAGGGGCCAUGUAUAUUCCAUCUCCAGGGAAUUAGAGAAGUCAUUCUGCUCCAAUAUGGCAGGGUUCCUGUCUGACGUUCCAGGCAGGAGCAGGGCACAGUCCUUGCCCUCCAGCGCUUAUAGUGCUGGGAGAAAUGGGUACAGGCAGGAUUAAAGGAAUAAUCACACAAAGAAUUAAUGAUGACUAUUGGAAACCCGGAAACACUGUUGGCGUAGUGGUUAAAAGCUAUGGCUACUAAUCAAAAGGUCAGCAGUUCAAAUCCACCAGGCACUCCUUGGAAACUCUAUGGGGCAGUUCUACUCUGUCCUAUAGGGUUGCUAUGCAUCGGAAUUGACUCAACAGCAACAGGUUUGAUUUUUUUUUUUUUUUUUUGGUAUCCUAAACCUAAAAUGUACCUAAAGCGAAUGGAAGAAAUGAAGAAUUAAAAAAGAGUUGAACAGAAGAUUUCAAAGGGUUGGCUUGAGAAGAUAAAAUGAAUUAUUGUAAUGACAUGCACAAAGACCUGGAGUUAGAAAAUCAAAAGGGAAGAACAUGCUUAGCAUUUCUUAAGUUGAAAGAACUAAAGAAAAAAUUUAAGCCUUAAGUUGCAAUAUUGAAGGAUUCUAUGGGCAAAAUAUUGAAUGGCAUACGAAGCAUUAAAAAUGGAAGGAAUACACAGAGUCACUGUACCAAAAGGAAUUGGUUGAUGAACAACCAUUUCAGGAGAUAGCAUAUGAUCAAGAACCAAUUGUACUGAAGGAAGAAGUCCAAGCUGCACUGAAGGCAUCGGCUAAAAACAAGGCUCCAGGAGCUGAUGGAAUACUAAUGGAGAUAUUUCAACAAAAGAAUGCAACACUGGAAGCACUCAUUUGUCUAUGCCGAGAAUUGUGGAAGACAGCUGCCUGGCCAUCCAACUGGAAGAGAUCCAGAUCUGUGCCCAUCCCAAAGAAAGGUGAUCCAACAGAAUGAGAAAAUUAUUGAGCAAUACCAUUAAUAUCACACACAAGUAAAAUUUUCUGAAGAUCAUUCAAAAGUGGUUGCAGCAGUACAUUGACAGGGAACUGCCAGAAGUUUAAGCUGGAUUCAGAAGAGGACAUGGAAUAAGGGAUAUCAUUGCUGAUGUCAAGUGGAUCUUGGCUAAAAACAGAGAAUACCAGAAAGAUGUUUACCUGUGUUUAAUUGACUAUGCAAAGGCAUUGGAUUGUGUGGAUCAUAACAAAUUAUAGAUAACAUUGCAAAGAAUUGGAAUUCCAGAACACUUAAUUGUGCUCAUGAGGAACCUGUACGUAGAAGCAGUCGUUCGAACAGAACAAGGGUAUAUUGCAUGGUUUAAAAUCAGGAAAAGUGUGCAUCAGGGUUGUUUCCCUUCACCAUAUUCGUUCAAUCUGUAUGCUGAGCAAAUAAUCUGAGAAGCUGGACUGUGUGAAGAAGAACAGGGCAUCAGGAUUGGAGGAAGACUCAUUAUUAACAACCUGCAUUAUGCAGAUGACACAACCUUGGUUGCUGAAAGUGAAGAGGACUUGAGGCACUUACUGAUGAAGAUCAAAGACUACAGCCUUCAGUAUGGAUUGCACCUCAACAUAAAACAAAAAUCCUCACAACUGGACCAGUAAGCAGCAUCAUGAUAAACAGAAAAUAUUGAAGUUGUCAAGGACUUUAUUUUACUUGGAUCCACAAUCAACCCCUAUGGAAGCAGCAGUCAAGAAAUCAAAUGACCUAUUGCAUUGGGCAAAUCUGCUUCAUAAGACCUCUUUAAGGUGUUAAAAAGCAAAGAUGUAUUGUGGGGAGAACAACUACAGUCACAUAACAAUAUGUGUAUAAGUUUUUGUAUGAGAAACUGACUUGAAUUAUAAACUUUCACUUAAAGCACAAUUAAAAAAAAAAAAAGCAAA